GGAGGGGGAGCAGGAGCCUGCAGGAAUCAAGGAUCUCUCUUUGUCCUCUUGUUCGGGACCCCGACACAUGGGGUCAGCACGGGCUGAAUGGGUUCAGACUGAAUGCUGCCUCGGACGCAAGCAGACGCCGAUGAGCGCGCGCGCUAAUUAAGAAAACCUGGUCGAGCAAUUAAGCGCGAGGAGAGAAGACGCGCGGAUUGCAGCGCAGAAGGUGCGUGUUUGGCACCGAGAAAAGUUGAGCUCAUUUAGCUCCCCAGUCACCUUGGCACCAUGAGUUGGAGUUUCCUAACUCGUCUCCUGGAUGAGAUCUCCAACCACUCCACCUUCGUGGGGAAGAUCUGGCUGACAGUGCUCAUCAUUUUCCGCAUUGUGCUGACAGCCGUCGGCGGUGAAACUAUCUACUACGAUGAACAGAGUAAAUUUGUCUGCAACACGCAACAGCCUGGGUGCGAGAAUGUGUGCUACGAUGCAUUUGCACCACUCUCGCAUGUACGAUUUUGGAUCUUUCAGGUGAUCAUGAUCACUACCCCCACCAUUAUGUACCUGGGCUUCGCCAUGCACAAGAUCGCCCGCAUGGAAGACAACGAGUACCGGCCCGUCCGGAACCAGAAGAAGAGGAUGCCCAUCGUCAGCCGUGGGGCAGUUCGAGACUAUGAGGAGGCUGAGGACAACGGAGAGGAAGACCCCAUGAUCACUGAAGAGAUUGAACCAGACAAGCCUGACAAAGCAGAAAAAAGCGCAGAGAAAAAGCAUGACGGUCGUCGGCGGAUCCUGCGUGACGGCCUGAUGAAGGUCUACGUGUGCCAGCUGCUGUGGCGCUCUUCCUUUGAGGUCGCCUUCCUUUUUGGCCAGUACGUCCUCUACGGCUUUGAGGUGAUACCCUCCUACGUCUGUACUCGCUCGCCAUGCCCGCACACUGUGGACUGCUUUGUGUCCCGCCCCACGGAGAAGACCAUCUUCCUGCUGGUGAUGUACGUUGUGUCUUUCCUCUGCCUGCUCCUCACAGUCUUUGAAAUCAUCCAUCUGGGGGUUGGUGGCAUCCGCGACACCUUCCGCAGACGGGCCACCCUCAGUUCGCGUGCCCCCCCUACAUCCUCCUCACGUUCCCUGCCUACAGCUCCACCAGGAUACCACGCCACCAUGAAGAAGGAGAAACUGAAAGGAGAGCUGAGGGACUCGCCAAUGGGUGACUCCGGACGGGAGAGCUUCGGGGACGAGGGGCCAUCGUCCAGGGAGCUGGAGCGGUUGAGGAGGCACCUGAAACUCGCCCAGCAGCACCUGGACCUGGCCUACCAGGCAGAUGACGCAAACCCUUCACGAAGCAGCAGCCCCGAGGUCAACACAGCUGCACAGACGGCUGCUGAGCAGAACCGCCUCAACUUUGCCCAGGAAAAGCAGGGAGAGGCGAGCGAGAAAGGAAUACAUGCCUGAGUGUGCUUCCUGCCUCAAACGUCUGCCCUUCCAUUCCUAUUGGCCUUAAACACAUGGGGGAAGCACAUAUGGGAGUGCAGUCAGACCACUGAGGGAGACCUGUCUGUGUGUGUGUGAGUGUGUGUGUGAGGGAGAAAUAUGCCUUCCAGUAUUAGGGGUCAGUCAGAAAGAAAUCAAAAAAAUACUGACCAAGCUGUGUUGUGACAAAUGGUUCAUCUCCACGACUCUAAACUUGAAAGUCUGCCACAUCUCGAGUUUCUGUUUGCCGAUCUAAGUCCAAACUUCAACUGUGCCUUCAGCUAAAACCUUGUCUACACCCUGUUCUUUCGCCCACUGUUUUUGUGGCAAUGCAGUAAUCCUCGUCCAUUUCAGACCUUGUAAGGAUUAUCGAAAGCUUUAAACUCCUCUGGCCAAGUGUACUUUUGUCUUCCUCACAAAAGAGAGGCUCUUAUAAAAUGUUGCAGAAUGUUAACGUCUCACUUUGUUGGCCUCAGAGAGAAUCUCAAACAACACAGCCUUGGGUUAUGUCAUUACUGGAGCAUGUGCAGCAGCAUAUGGUUGUUUUCUUUUUUACAAGGGUGGCUUAACCUGUGCUAGUUGAGUCAUGUUUACUUUAAACAGAUUUAAUGUUAGGAAUUAUUGGGUGUUUAUUAGCCAGAAGCCACACCAUUUCAGAAAUAUUUGACAGAAUUUUGAAGCCUGUAUAUUUAAUCCAAUCGGCCUAAAUGUUUACCUGGGAAAUGCUUGAAUUCUUUGACAGGAAAUUUUCCAAGGAAUUUCCAAGAAUCCAUUUUUUUGUACAAUCAAUUCAUUUAAAAUACUUUUUUGUUUUGCCCAAAGCUCUAGAUUAUUACAUUUUUGUCUAGAAGGAAGUGCCACCUAUUUAACAUUGUUGAAAAGCAGGGUCUUGGAUGUUAGUAAAUCAUUGUCUUCCCUAAAUUAUGUACUAUAAAAAUAAAUCACAAUGUUCAUGCAGAAAGUUAAAAAAAUAUUACUUUUGGGGGUUUUUGCUAAACAGCUGGAAACAUCUGUCUUCUGGGCUACUGUCAAAAAUGAAAUUCCAUCUUUGUCUUUUGAAAUUUACAUUCUUCUCUGGUGAGACAUUUUCCAUCCUUGACAUGCACCACUACCCCUCCGUUGUGCUGAAACAUGGAUGCUUUCAUGCAUCCUGGAAAAAAAACAACCCAGCUGAGGAAAGGAUGACAGUUGGCUGCUGAUGCACAGCCUGGUGCCAUGUAAACACAUAAUCUUCAGUUCAUCAUGAGACUUUUGAUCAAUAGCUUUCAGUGUUCAUACAGAGUUCAUACUUUUUCAUAGCCUGUCAGUUGUUUUUAUGAUCUUUGGCUGAAAUAAUGAAACUACACAUUGCCAAAGAGCUGUUUUGAUGCUGUAUUUUUUGUAAUCAUCUCACUUCCAAUUUUGCUACUUAUUGCAAGGUACGACGCUCCAUUUUGUAUAUGGUAUUUCUUCAAUGGUUUAUACUUUUUUUUUCUUUUCUCUCUAUUGCAAGUUUUGUAGUUUUUGUAACUGUAGAGAUUAUUUUGUCUUCAGAGUAAAUAAAUAUAUUUGAACAGAA